UGGCUUCAUCAUUAACCAAAACAUCUUUUCGCAGCUAAAUACACGCAAGGCUGCCCAAUCCCACGAGCACACAGGCUUUUCACAAAAGAUAUCCCCGCCAGCCGCAUGAUGAGCAGCAUUACCGGUGCCCUCGUCGGCUGGGUGCCCCCAACACGCGCACGCUAUGAAACGAUUCUCAAGCUCUGGCAGAUCAUCAUGCCGUCCUUUGCCAGCAUCCAAUGGCUGACCAAGUGGAACGGCAUGGGCAAAACCUCGCAGCCCUCCAUGUUCAACCUCCCCGGCCGAUGGGCGUGGUUCUUCAUGGAGAUCCCCGGCUUCCUCACCGUCCUCUACUGCAUGCGCACUCUACCCGCACAGCUCGGUCUCAUCGCGCUGCCGUGGCAGAACAAGCUGCUCGGCGGGCUCUACGUGCUGCACUACCUCUACCGCGCCGUGGCCUUCCCAUUCCUGCAGCCGAGCAUCAACAACAUGCACAUCCUCAACGCAUCCAGCGCGCUCAUGUUCCAGAUCACGAAUGGGGUGUGCCUCGGCAGUUGGCUCGGUGGCUAUGGCCCCGUGACGCAGACGCAGUGGGCAGGGCACGUGUCGGCGACGCAGUUUGUCGGUGGCGUGGUGAUUUUUGGUCUGGGCCUGGCGGGCAAUUACUUUCAUGACGAGCAUCUACGCGAUAUCCGCCGCAGGGCGAGGGCCAGGCAGGCCAAGACGGCAGAUGGAGAGAAAAAGGCGAAGCGGACGUAUGAGAUCCCCCAAGCGGGACUGUUUAAGUAUGUCUUUUAUCCGCAUUACCUGUGCGAGUGGGUUGAGUGGUUUGGGUUCUGGAUGGCGUGUGGAUGGGGAUGCGCGCCUGCCAGGGCGUUCCUUGUGAAUGAGAUUGUGUCCAUGCUGCCCAGGGCGGUGAACGGCAAGGCGUGGUAUAGGGACUACUUUGGAGAGGAGAAGACCAAGGGGAGGAAGGCUGUUCUCCCGGGGAUAUUGUAACAUGCUGGCAGGCGGGAUGCGUUGCCAUGAGGAGAACAUGGGUGGUGGUGGUGGUGGUGGUGGUCCACAACAUGAUAUUGUCAGGGCACAGGAAUAGCUUGUCAUAUGAUAAGG